CUGAUCCAUUCGAUCCAUUUUGGAGUUGUUUUAUUUGGAUUGUAAUCUUUGAUUAGUUUGCGACUUUGCGAUUAUUCCUUUUUAUUUUUUUGAAGAUUUUUAACGUUAUUAAUAAUCUUUUACAGAUUUUAUCAAGUAUCUAAGGGUCUGUUUAUGAGAUAAAGUAUUAAAUUUUUCCUGGUGACUAUUAUAGUUUCGCAAUACACGACUGCACGUGAACUGUACUCGUAUAGGUAGUUUUAAUUUGCAUGGAUUUUUCGCUUCAUUGAUCCCGGAAUCUGGAAGCUCUGAAUGAUCGUGGGGAUUCGGGAUCUGCUUGCGCGUGUAUCGUAGCAUAAAAGGAAUCGAGUUUCGACAUCUCCGUGUUUCUGAUGCCCUUUCAGAUUCCGCAAACGUGAGCAAAGAUGACGGGAUCGACGUCCGGAUCAGCGAACGCCACUUCGCCAGCGUCCUCGGCGGACGCCUGCAUCAGUAUCGUGCAUAAUCUGAUGUGCCAUCGUCAAGGUGGUGAGUCGGAAAGCUUCACGAAGCGCGCCAUUGAGAGUCUGGUUAAGAAGCUCAAAGAUAAGCCAGACGAGCUGGACGGACUGAUUAUGGCCAUCACCAGCAGUGGGAAUCAUGUUACCAAAUGCGCUACCAUUCCUCGUACGCUGGAUGGACGACUUCAGGUGGCUGGUCGGAAGGUUUUCCCGCAUGUGAUCUAUUCAAGGAUAUGGCGGUGGCCUGAUGUGCACAAGAACGAACUGAAGCAUGUGCAAGGUUGCCAGUUUGCCUUCGACCUGAAACUUGAUAACGUCUGCGUCAAUCCGUAUCACUACGAACGCGUAGUGUCUCCCGGCAUUGAUUUAUCCUUGGGUGGUUUGGGAAUGCAGCAACAGGGACAGGGUGACGAUGAUGGCUAUGAAAGCCAUGAACCACCGACGUCGGCACAUGCUUCCGGAUCAUCGGGUCUGUUCGACCUGGCGUCUCCCACGCGUCCGAGGGAGAACUCCAUCCUGUCGGUGCAGUCUAGUACGUCCGAAAGUCGCAAACCAACGGCCAAUUUAGCUCCACACCCCUCAAUGCCCCGCUACGAUCACUCUCCACACGGCCAGUCCAGCCACGCCAUGUCGCCGACAUCCUCUGAACAACUGUUCCCACCGAGCGGCACCGGCCUUGUUGGGCCGCCGCUCUCACCGGGCUACUGGACAGUGUCAAGCCAAAACAGUGCUGUGGCCCUGGAAUUGGCCGAUCCCAUGAUUCCGCAUUUGCGUGCUCAACAACAGCAGAUGUGGGAAGAUGCUCGCUUCCAGAACGCCAUCAUGACGCAGUCAAUGCCUGAGUUCUGGUGCACGAUUGCCUAUUUUGAAAUGGAUCAACAGGUGGGAGAAACAUUCAAAGUGCGAUCGGCAUACACAACCGCAUACGUUGAUGGAUAUGUUGAUCCUGGCCAUCAGAAUCGUUUCUGUCUGGGUCCGCUGACAAACGUCCAUCGGACUCCAGUGGUGGAAAAGGCUCGCCUGCAUAUUGGCCGGGGAAUUGAGAUUGCCACCAAACCUGACGGAAGUGUGUGGUUGAGCUGUUUAGGGGACUACAGCGUCUUUGUACAGAGUUACUAUUUGGAUCGAGAAGCUGGCCGUGCUCCUGGCGAUGCUGUACAUAAAAUACAUCCUCAUGCGCCCUUACUGAAAGUGUUUGAUCUGCGCCAGUGUUAUCAUCAAAUGCUUCAACAGGUGGGAUUAGCCCAGGCUGUGGUGCAGGCUCAAACUGCCGCUGUGUCGCCCAGCGAUGCCGCCGGGAAUCGCACAGUGGGCGGCGGGAUUGGUGCCGAUGAUCUCCGUCGUCUGUGCAUGAUUCGUCUGAGCUUCGUCAAAGGCUGGGGCCCAGAUUACAAUCGGAAGACUAUCAAGGAGACACCCUGCUGGAUCGAGAUCCACCUAAACCGUGCCCUGCAGUUACUGGAUGAAGUACUGCGUAAUGUUCCCCUACCGGAAGCGCGGAGUGGCGAACUGUUCUAACGAAGUGUAGUACCUGGAAUGUUCUGUAAAUACGGUAAUUAGGUGACUUGGCAUGGUAUAGUUGUGUUGCAGUAGCAUAUACUGUUGGAAUGUGGUCGGUAGAAUUAGUAUUUACUUCUGUGGUCCAUUUUUCGGUAGUUCUUUAUGUGUCAUUGGUCGUAAAGCGUUAGUUGUUGUCGAUUGUUAUUUUUGUUAGUAAUCGUAGCUUCUUCUGUUUGUGUGUAGUUAUGCCGCAUGCUUAUUGUUAGUUUUUAACUUUUACAGUAAAUGUUUAACUUAGUUCAUUCUUUGUCUGGUUUCAGAAAGCAUGUUAUAAAUAUAAAUAUUAUGAUUAUUAUAAAUAUAGAUAUGUACUUACAUAAGUUAUGGACGUUAACAAUAAACUCCUUAUCAGA